AUGCAGAUCUCCCCGAGUGAAGACAAGAUCCCAGUCGUCAGUUCAACUUCAACUCCUCACGGCAAUGGAGAAGGUCUUUACUUCUCUGAUGGCCGACGGAAAGUGGACUAUGUUCUGGUCUUCCAUCAGCGGCGGCACAGCUCCUUACGAUCUCCCGUCAGCACCUCAGUUUCGCACGACAGACUAUCCAUUGUUUCCAAUGGUAACUUUCCCCCAUCGGCGGGCUCGGAUGUGGCGGGAGGAAGAGGAGGUGGCAUUCCAUUAGGGGAGGCUGCUAGUGCUGGCGAGGUGUUCAUGGAGAUUGGAGGUGCGGGAGGGAACGAACCAACGGAGCCUGCUGACCAUGAGAUACGUCUGAUCAGACAGGAGUUUGAAGCCAAUCUGGUGGAGGCCGGCCUGGAGAUAGAGAGAGACAGAGAUUUAAAAACCCAUGGCCCCAGCUUCACCCGCCUCCAUGCUCCCUGGCCAGUUCUGUGUCGAGAGGCUGAGUUUCUCAAGAUUAAAGUGCCCACUAAGACGAGUUACGAACUUAAAGAGGAAGGUGGUUUCAGCACUAGUAUCAGCACACUGUGGAGGAAACUGAACCAGCCUUUCCAGCCCAAAGUAUCGCUUCAGGACCAUGGAAGCACCAAGUUUCUUUCACACUGCUUCUCUAGGGACAAGCUUCACUUGUACAAUAUCACAUCUAAAGAGACCUUCUUUGACAAUGCCACAAGAGGCCGAAUAGUAUAUGAGAUCCUGAGACGGACGGUGUGUGUACGAACCUGUCAAACCAUAGGAAUCAGCACAAUGAUAGCAAAAGGUGUAUAUGACGCUGCCUUCCCUAUUCAUGAUGGUGACUACAAGGUGAUCGGACACCUCGAGGAGAGGAAUGACAGACAGGUUCUGCAUGAAGAGUGGGCCAGAUACUCAGCCUUCUACAAGUACCAGCCCAUUGAUCUUGUCAGAAAGUACUUUGGGGAGAAGAUCGGCCUGUACUUCGCGUGGCUCGGUGUUUACACUCAGCUGCUGAUACCAGCCUCCAUAGUGGGAAUCAUUGUGUUUGGCUAUGGUGUGGCGACUGUGAAUACUGACAUACCCAGUCUGGAGAUGUGCGACGACCGUCUCAACUUCACCAUGUGCCCUCUGUGUGACGGAGCCUGUGACUUCUGGCAGCUCAGCACCGCCUGCGGCACAGCCAGAGCCUCACACCUCUUCGACAACCCCGCAACCGUCUUCUUCGCCAUCUUCAUGUCCCUGUGGGCGGUGCUGUUCCUGGAGCACUGGAAGCGUCGUCAGAUCAGUUUGAGCUUCAGUUGGGAUUUGACAGGCAUCGAGGAGGAUGAGGAACACCCCAGGCCAAAAUAUGAGACCAUCCUCCUUCAGAAGAGACAGAGGAAGCAGAAGAAUAAGAAAAAAAAGAAAAAGAAUGAGCCAGAGAAGCAGGAGGACGGGACAGUGACAGGGAAGGACAGAUGGAGACAAAAACUGCUGUCUGCCAUGGCUGCAGGAAUACCGCCUGCCAUAGAGAAGUUGACCUGGAAAGACCGUCUUCCUGGAUACUUCAUUAACGUUUCCUCUAUUCUCUUCAUGUUUGGGCUGACGUUUUCAGCAGUUUUUGGAGUCAUCAUCUACCGCAUCACCGUGUCGGCCCUGAUGGCGAUGAGCCCUGACCCAGAGACCAAGUCCAACGUUCGGGUGACGGUGACGGCCACCGCGGUCAUCAUCAACUUAGUGGUUAUUCUGAUCCUUGAUGAAAUCUACGGCGCUGUGGCGGUGUGGCUGACUGAGCUAGAGAUUCCUAAAACAGAAACCAACUUCGAGGAGCGCCUCAUCUUGAAAGCCUUCUUGCUCAAGUUCAUGAAUGCUUAUGCACCCAUCUUUUACGUGGCUUUCUUCAAGGGACGGUUUGCUGGUCGACCGGGAAGUUACGUGUACGUCUUCAACGAUUAUCGGAUGGAAGAAUGUGCUCCAGGAGGCUGCCUCAUCGAGUUGUGCAUUCAGCUCAGCAUCAUCAUGCUGGGGAAGCAGCUAAUCCAGAACAACAUCUUUGAGAUUGGCAUACCAAAGUUGAAGAAGUUGGUGCGGGCGUUGAAAGAUAAAGGAAGAGCAGUGCAGGAGAAGGAAGAUGAGAGGCCACCGCAGCAGUGGGACCUGGACUACGCCCUCGCUCCCUUCGAAGGCCUCACACCUGAAUACAUGGAAAUGAUCAUCCAGUUUGGUUUCGUCUCUCUUUUCGUGGCUUCGUUCCCGCUCGCACCUGUCUUUGCUCUGCUGAACAACGUCAUCGAGAUCAGACUGGAUGCCAAGAAGUUUGUUACAGAGCUACGCAGGCCAGUCGCCAUACGUGCUAAAGACAUCGGUAUAUGGUACAACAUACUAAGCGGAAUGGGAAAGUUCUCAGUCAUUAUAAAUGCCUUUGUGAUAUCCUUCACAUCAGACUUCAUCCCUCGGCUCGUCUACCAGUACAUGUACAGUCACACCGGCACCAUGCAUGGCUUCAUUGACCACACACUCUCCUACUUCAACGUGUCCAAUUUUAAACAAGGCACGGUGCCGCACAGCUCCCAGCUCGGAGAUAUCACCGUCUGCCGGUAUAAAGACUACAGAGAACCCCCUUGGUCUCCAGAUGCGUACCAGUUCUCCAAACAGUACUGGUCUGUCCUGGCUGCAAGACUGGCCUUUGUCAUACUGUUCCAGAACUUGGUCAUGUUCCUCAGCCUUGUGGUCGCCUGGGUGAUUCCAGAUGUUCCCAAAACCAUUGUGGAGCAGCUCAAACGGGAGAAGAAGCUCCUGGUCGACGUUUUCUUGAGAGAAGAGAAGGAAAAAUUCCAACUCAUCCAGAGCCUCUUCUCCAAGGACACUACACUCCCCCGAGGCAGCCACAUCCUUCACCCAGCCCAGGAGAUCCCCAUUCCAGGCCGCUACAGUACUCUACCCCCACCGAGCGUGGCUGGGGACGGAGGUGGAGGGCCGAGGGCGAGGUGUAGGGCGGCCAGCUUCAGUCAGUUCAGCAGGAAGAUUCCCCCGUCGCCCAGGAAUGAAAAUGAGAAUUCGAAACACACAGCUGUGUGA